AUGGAAGAAAUUAAUCAAUAUAUCGAGCAGGAAAGUCGAUGUUGGGAGCGAAGUUUGACAAGGAGACUAGAAGGUAAAUGGCGAAUCUUGAAAGAAACUCAAGGGAGACCGAGGUUAACGAAACAGACAUUGGAAAAUCUUGGGGGAAUUAAUUAUUAGAGAAGUAGAGGUAUUUAAUGAAGAUGGAGAGAGUCAAUUAAGUCAAGGUAGAAGAGAGAACGGUUCAGAAGAUGCUGAGGACAUACAAAGCGUGCAAAAUCAGAUGCUAGAAUUGGCGAUCGAGGAUGAAUUGCUGGACUGUCAUGAAGCGGAACCAAGCAGGGUGAGAUCAGAUAUAAAUCAAGUUUUUGUUAGUAAAAAUGUAGUUAAUUUGUCAACUAGAAAUCUAUCGCAUGCGGAAGUUAAGGUGCUGUCAAAAGGACUUAAUUUUUGGCCCACAGCAAAAGAGAUUGAUAAAUAUAAACUAGCGCAAGAUUUAGCUGAAUUCUCGAGGAAAAUAAAAUGUAGAGCAUACUUUAAAGAUAAACCCUUAAGUGAAAUUGAUGUAGAGGGAUUAAGUAAGUUUAGAGAAAAGUCUGCAUGGUAAUUCUCGAGGAAAAUAAAAUGUGGAGCAUACUUUAAAGAUAAACCCUUAAGUGUAAUUGAUGUAGCGGGAUUAAGUAAGUUUAGAGAAAAGUCUACAUGGUACCCGAGUAAAGUGGACCCAGCAUUAGAAACAUUUUUGAAUGCCUUGCAAGAUAAGGUAUUGGCUAUUAAGGAAAGGGGUCAUAAUUUUAGUAACUUGAGUGCGGAAGAGCGAGAAGCUUUUAAGAAAUCAAAAGGGAUAUAGGGAUAUAGUAAUAAAGGGGCUGAUAAGGGGUCUGCGGUAGUGGUUUGGGGAUUAGAGGAUUAUUGUAAGGAAGCUAAUAGACAAUUGGCUGAUGUUUUAGUUUACGAAAAUGUAUCGGAAGAAGGAAAUCCACUUGCAAAGGUUUCAGAAAUAGUUCGGAAUAAAUUAGAGAAUUUGAAAGGAAAGGGGGUUAUUAGCGAAAAGAAUUUUAAUUAUCUAAGGGGUAAGAAUAAUCAAUUGGGCAGAUUCUAUUUACUUCCAAAAAUUCACAAACGGCCAGUUGAUGUCUGAGGUCGUCCAGUUAUAUCUAACUGUGGGACACCGACGGAGGGUUAGCCGGAAUUAGUGGAUCAUUGUUUAUAACCUAUUGUUAAGAGUCUGCCCAAUGUUAUAAGGGAUACCACGGAUUUUUUGAAAAAACUGCAGGAUUUGGGUGAUAUUCCAGAGGGAGCGAUCUUGUGCACAAUGGAUGCUGUGGGACUGUACCCGCAUAUUCCUCAUUUGGAUGGUCUGUCUAGUAUGAGAAGAAGUAAUGAGGAUUUCAGAAAAAAAUGUG